GACGAGCCUCAACCCGACUGAACCCAGCUAGCUGAGCCCAACGUUGGGAGGAAGAGGAAGAAGCUUCACGUGGCGCCCGCCCAGGUAUCCAUCCUCCCCUCCCGCCAACCACCCGGGCGGGCGGCGUACUGGUAGACAACGCCCCGCUAACCGCACACGGCGACCCAUCCAUAACCAUACCAUACCAUACACCACACCAGCGCCGAAUAGAUUGGUACGUACGUACGUACGCCAAUAAUACACAGCCCAACGAGACAGAGGAGGAAGAUGGUCAAGUGAGUAGGCGGAGGAGGAGGAUACAAUAUUCUGCAUCGCGGAAAAAGGUUUAGGUUUGGUGCGUAGCUUCCUUCCCGGUUGACCUCACCGAGGGAUCUUUUGUUUCUUUCCGUUCGGUGCCCGAUCGUUCCACUCCAACUGAUCCCUCCGCCUACCGAGAGCUAUCUGGGAUCGCUCGGCGGUAGUGGAUAUAUAGCUGGGCGUUUCUUUUCGGGUUUUGUCGUGGAUGAGCGCUGCGUUGGCGACGGAGGGAGGAGGAGCAUGGCGACGGUGAGGAGGGUGGCAGGCUUGUCGCUCCUCGGGCGGGAGAUCAAGGCGGGCGAUGAUGGAUUCGUGGGCGCGCCCGAGGCGGCUGUCACGACGCCGGAGCCGGGGGGGCCGUCGGCCACGGCGGCCAGGAUCACGCCGGCCGUGCUCUUCAUCACGGUCGUGCUGGCCGUGGUGCUGCUCGUCUGCGGGUUGAUGCACAUCUUGCGCCGGCUCUUCCUCAAGAGCCACCGCGCCAAUGCCCGGGCGGAGGCCGUCGAGCGGCAGCUGCAGCAGCUGUUCCACCUGCACGAGGACGGCGCCGGGCCCGGCCUCGACCAGGCCGCCAUCGACGCGCUGCCGGCGUUCGCCUACGCCGAGCUCUCCGGCAGCUCCGGCGCUAAGGGGCAGCGCCAGUUCGACUGCGCCGUCUGCCUCAGCGAGUUCGCCGCCGACGACCGCCUCCGCCUGCUCCCGCUCUGCGGCCACGCGUUCCACGUCGCCUGCAUCGACACCUGGCUCCGCUCCAGCUCCACCUGCCCGCUCUGCCGCACCGUGCUGUCGGUUCGCGCGCCCUCCGCCGUCGCGGCGGCCGCGGAGGCCGCCGGCGAGCCGGACAUCGAGGAGCAGAAGCAGGAGCAGGAGGACGCGUCAAAGGAGGUCGUCGUCGCAAGCACCGUCGUGCUUCCGGUCAGGCUCGGCCGGUUCAAGAACGUCCAGGGCAACAACAACACCGCCGUCGACGUCGAGGCGGGCACCAGCAGCCGCCUCGACGCGAGGAGGUGCUUCUCCAUGGGCUCCUCCUACCAGUACGUGCUCGCCGAAGACAACCUGGUGGUGUCCGUGCACUGGCGUCCCGGCGACGGCAGCGCGGCCAUGCGCCCCGGCGUGACCACGGCGAGCAGUGACCAGCAGGGCAAGAAGGUCUGCGCCGCCAGCCGCGGCGACAGCUUCUCGGUGUCCAAGAUCUGGCAGUGGGGCCGCAGCGGCAGGAGGCUCCCCGUGCUCCCUGCCGGCUCGUCGUCCCCGACAGAUCAGGACCUCCCGUGGGCGUCGCCGGCGAGCGCGCGCAGCACGAGGCAAGAAACCGACACCUGAUAACGAUGGUAGAAUCUAUACACAGAUACACACACAUGCAUGUAUUUCGUCCUGUGCCGUUUAUUUGUUCAUUAGUGCUACGAGUAGCUAGCAAUAAGCAUUUCAUGUUAAGAGUUUUCCAUGCAUGCCUUUUUGAUGAAUCUUUUUGGGCAA